AUGUGUAAACAAAGUGACUCAGUAAUAUUACUAAGCGGGGAAGAGAAGAUACGCGUGGAUAGAAAGACAGCGGGAGUAUCAACUUAUAUUCGAAACAUUUUACGAAAUAUUGGGCCAGAUAAAAAUGCGAAAAGUGAAGAUUCACAAACUCUUGAGAUACCGAUAAACAAUGUCGAUACAGAAACGUUAAAGAUAAUAUUAAAAUGGUGUGAGCACUUCAAGGAUACAAACACAUUAACAGCCGAUACAAGUACCACUAUUGGAACCAUGCAAACCGAUUGUGGGAGAGCUGAAGAUUCAGAGAGUGGGCAGGAUAUUGAAUCAGAGGACCGAAUGAGUCCUAUAGAUCCAUGGGAUAGGAAAUUUUUGAAUGUAGACGCCAAGACGCUUCAGUGUAUCAUUAUGGCUGCUAAUUUUCUUGAUAUAAAGCCGUUGCUCAAUGUAUCCUGUAAACUCGUUGCGGAGCUUUUGCGGGGGAAAUCACCAGAGGAAAUAAUCAAUGCUUUCAAAACCUGUUAA